CUAGUUCAGCUUUGGUCCCAUGAUCUACUUUCAACGUUUAUUCCAGUUUCAUUCGAAAUGUUAGAAAAUUUGAUGUGUUGUUUGUGUAUGGCAUCAUUCUUUUUCAGUUUAAAAAGUUUUAAUUCUGUUCUGUUAUUUGCAUGUUUUUUCUCGCCAGUUAUUGUUUUUAAACUACGUUUUCCUUCUUGUCCAAAUUUGUUCUGAGGCUUAAGAACGCCCUUGUGCAAAUUUUGUUGGUUGCUGUUCUAAUUUUAAUACCUUUUUUUUCCAAAUUGAAAAUAGAUAUAAACUAUUUUUUUCAGAAGUUAUAUUAUUGUCAAUGGCAUCCUGCUCUACUCAACAGCAAACAGCAUCAUCAAUUAAGGCGUUUCAAUUUCCUGUUAUUGUUGCCAAAAGACUAUUAUCUUUGCUUCAAACUGUUAAGAAAGUGAAUAUGGUUACUACUCUUGGUGAGGUAUUAGAUGGGUUAAGAAUUUACAUUUCUGAAAGAAGAUUAUUUGACCCCUUAGAACCAACUAAAAUUUAUUGCUGUGGGGAUGAACUUGGUUCAGUAUUAGGGGUUCAAGAAUUUACAAUUCAUGAUGUUAGGAAACUUUUACAGAAACUUGUAGUUCCUGUCCUUUUUAAUAAAAAUAAUUCUGUUGAAGUCAUGAAAACCAUUCCUUCUGUUGGUGAAAAUGCUGCGAAGAGAAAAGCUGAAGAGUCUCCGGAAGGAGGAACAAUUAAAAGAACAUGUGAACAGCAACCACCAAGUGAACCAAUGUAUCUAUAUAUUCCUCCUUCGCCAGCUAAAGAAGAAAGUUCUUCAGAAUCUUAUUAUGAAAGUCUUCAUGGUUAUGAAACAGCAUUUGCAAAAGAUACUAGUGAUGAUUACUAUGAAGAUUCUGAAAAUGAUUUGUUACCUGGAGAUAUUCUUGCAAUUGAAGAAACUUUUGAUGUUGAAUAUGAAGUUGACAGUGACUCUGAUGAGGAUACCAAAAUUUUCAUGUCAGACAGUGGCAGUGACUCUGAGGGUGCUGUGAAUACAGUAAUUACCUUUGUUUGCAAAUCUGACAGCGAUCAGGAGUUCUGGGCAGAUAAAAGUUCAGAUGAAGAAUUUGAUUCCGAUUUAGAGAUACGAGACUCUGAUAAAUGGAACUGUAAGAGGUGUGGAAGUUCCAACAAUCCACCAAUGCGAUAUUGUAUUAAAUGUUGGUCUAUGAGAUCUGGCUGGGUAGUGCCAAAACGAAAUGAGCAAAGAGAUCAUCCUCGACGUAAGCCAAGGUCAAAGAAAAAUAAAAAAAAUGAUAAACCUAUCGGUGACACAAGAAAGGAAUCCUCUUGCAGCCCAAAGCCUGCUUCAAGCUUGUCCUCCAGUAGUGCUCCUGAACUGCCAAGCACUAGCAUGUCGCCAGCGAACGAUGCGUGCGCCGACACCAAUGCGUGCCAAGAGCAAUUGCCAAGCGUUUCGUCUGAUAUCAGUUCUGUGGAUUUACAGAGUCUUUCCUCCAAUAGCAUGCAAGAAUUCCCGUUUACCUGCCUUGCGCCAAAUUAUACUCAAAAGUAUUAUAGCAAUUUUUCAUCAGAGCUGAGCAGUUCUUCUCAAGAGCUGUCCACUUUGUCUUCUAACAGCAGUUCACAGGAGUUUCCAAGCUCAUCAGCGUACAGUUCGCAAGAGAGUUCAAGCUUAUCGUCAAAUUCUUUAGAUGUACCUUGUACUUCUAAAGAAGUUAUUAAUUCUUUAAGCACUUUUAGGACGCUUAAUCUUUCUACUGUUCCAAAAUGCGAGGCAGACUCAAAAUUAUGCUUACUUUGCUGCUCGAGACCUGCAAAUGCGUCAAUAAUUCAUGGGAAGUAUGCGCAUCAAAUAAGUUGCUAUCGUUGUGCAAAAAAAUUACAACAUGAAAAUAAAAGGUGCCCCGUGUGCCGUAGGACGAUUGAUCGAGUUGUAUAUCAAAUAACUGCUGUAUAAUUUAUGAUAGUUAUAUCAUUGAAAGGAUUUAAUAUUCCUUUUAUAAAGGAACUAACUUUUCAAAGGUUUAUUACUUUAUCCUUUUUUUUUUUCAAAAAUGACAUAGUUAAUGUUUACAUAAUUUAUUUUAGCUUUUUAUUUUGUUGCAGUUCUGGUCAAAAAGUGGUUCAAUUGUAUUAUAAAACUAUAUUUAUUUCUGAUACUUUUUAUAUUUUCUGCAGUGCUUGUAUGAUAUUGUGACAUGACCUUUUUAAGGAAUUUUAAAAGUUUGAAUUCAGUUAGAUUCAUAUUUCUUUUGUCUCCCCCUUUUUUAUACAUAUAAAUUCAAAUAUUUUCAAAAUAUAACUUUUUCCUAAUAUUAAAUGUCGUCAUCAUAUGAUGGAUGGUUUUUUUUUCCUUAUACUUAAUAAAUUUGUCAACCUUCUGAUGCUUCUAUGAAAUCAAGAUAGAAUUUUUUUGGUUUUAUUACAUAUUAGCUAAAGCCCAGAUUUUACUGUUCCAGAACACAGCAAAAAAAAAAAAUGCCCUAGGGAAUUUUAAUCUAAAGCAUCACUUCUAUCUUAAUUGUAUUGAAAAAUGCCACUAGAAGAUGAAGUGCAUUUUUUCAAAAACAGUUUCAAGAAGUUUUCUAAAAGAAAAAGAAGUGUUCGAAAAUGCCCAUGUUGCCCGAGUCUUAGUUUUACCAUUAUAUAUAUGAUUUCCUAGAAAACUGAGCUGUGUAGUGCACAAUUAGGGUUAAAUUAAAAUAAGUUUAUCUCAAAUUAUUAAAAUGAAAGUAUUUAUUGCAUUUGAUGGAAAAUGUUUAAUGUUAUUUUAUUUACUUUUUUUUUUCGAACAUGACUGAUUGAGUUAUAUAUUUUUGUAACAUCACCUUAUAAUUGCUGCUCCGUUUUAAAAUGUGCUGCUCUUAAAUUUAUGUGAUAAUCUAAAUUGGAUUUAUAACUGUUAUAUGUGAUUCCUUUUCAGAUUUUCAUCUUUAAUCCAUUUAUAUGCUGCUUAUCAUUUUUUUUUUCGUUUAAAAUUAAAUAUUUGUUUUUCCUUGGCAAUAAGAUAAUGCCAAGAAUCAAAACUAAAAUUUUAUUAUUAUUAACUUUUACAGAAGAAUUUCAUCAAUUUGUUUGUGUUAUUGUGUUUUUAUUUGUUUGCCUUUUAGUGGAAUUAUAAUUUUAAAAAGGGGAAAUUUUAAUUAUUUUUCUAAUAACUGCCUCAUUUCAGCAGCCAAUUCAAUUGUGUUGUAUAUUAUAUCAAGCAGCAAAAUAUAUAUAUAAAUGCUAAAAUAUAUUUCGUUAUUCCAAAUAUUUACUUAUAGUAGUAAAAAAGGGAUAAUAUCUUGAUUAUUAAACUUAUUAUUUAACUUUAUUUUAACUUAUAAAUUUUUUUUUAUCUGCAUACCUCAAAAAAUGAUCCGAAAUAUGUGCAACCAUUGACUUCUUGUUUGGACAAAAUUACAUUUUGCUCUAUUUAUGUAGAGCUAUUUUUUGACGAAACUAAAAAUAAUUGGGCUCUGAAAUUCUUAUAAUUUUAUUCUCUCUUAAAGCAUUUUUGGCUGUAAAAAUAUCUAGCAAAUUUAAACCAAUUUAUUAUUGUAUUUACCAUGUUAUUUUAUUAUUAUUAUUUUUUACCAUUGAGUUAUAAAAUUUUAAAAUUAUAUAAAAUUAAAAAGUGUUAUAAAAUUUCAUACCUUAAUAUUUAUGAUACAUAGUUAAAUGAGUGUAUGUUAAAACUAAUUUUGUAUAACAUCCAAAAUUGAGAAAAUAUAAUUUAAAUGCUGGCAUGAAAAUAUAUUAAGCAAAACCAGUAUUUCACAAAAUUUUAUUGUUUUAAAAUGAAUCUUCAUAAAAUAUAAUUUUAAUGCUAUCCUUAAAUUAAUUUAAUUAGAUUACUUAUCUGAUAAUUUUGAAGAGCUUAUAAUUAAAAUUAGAAAUAUUAAUUAAGUGAUAAAAGAAAGUAAAAUUCUUCUUUAAGUAAAGGAUAAAUAUAAAUUUUAGAAAAUAAUGAAGUUUUUUGAAAAUGAAAAAAAAUUUAUAGGUUAUUUAUUUACUCUGAUUCUAAAGCACUUCGUAUCCGGCUUAUAAAAUGGUGGUGUGGUGGUCUUACUUUGCAACUAACCAGUUGGGAGGACUUUCAGUUAUUGUUUUUUAUCAAGGUUGAUGAUAAUCAUUUAUUAAACCUAAAAUGAAACAAUUUUUUUCAUAAAAUUAAAAAAAUUUAUUCACGCAGUCAAACCCUGUACUUUAAAUUAAAUGUAAUAGACAUUCUUUAUAGACAUAUGUAUGCUAUCUUAACUUUGCUGUAUAGAGAUAAAAACUUAUAUGCACACAUUUCAAUAUCUUGCACUGAUGAAUUUACAUCAUUAUACUAUUUUUGCGUUUUUUCUGUUUGGUUCGCAUAUCUGAAGUAGAAUUCAAAUGGUGGAGACUAGCUGUAGUUGUCACAAAACUACAUUUUUUAAAAAAUAUAUGUAAUAUUUAUUAUUACUUUUUUUAAAAAAUUUACACACGUUUAUAUUUCAAUUUAACUAUAUGCUUGUUUUCUUUCUAUUUUUAUUUAUUUAUCUUGUUGAUCUCUUAAAGAUAUAUUCUUAUUCUGAUGGCUAGGUAGUGAAAAAAGUUUUUCAAUUAUAACUAAUUGCUUUGUUGACCAGUUUGAAGCAGUACAAUUAGUUAUCAGUGGUGCAUAAUUAGGAUGGUUAGAAGUAAGUUUGCUUGCAAUGACUCUACUUAAUCGAAAAGUAUGCUAAUUUCAGGCUCUUUCUUGCAAUAAGCCUUAAACAACACGUUUACUGAGUCACUAAGGAUCUUUGCUAUAUUUCAUUAUCUACAGCUUAAAGCUAAGUGAAGAAUUAACAAAUGUCAUAUGAUGGCUUUUCUUUAAAAUUUUGAAUGGACCUUGUUCAUUGCAUAAGCCUAUAAGUUAUGUCAUUAAAACUCAUGAAUUCAGAAACUUUUGAGAUGAUACAUCUCAUAAAAAAUCAAGAAAUAGAUUUGUGACAACUAGCUCCUGUUUUACUUCUAUACUUAAAAAUGUUUCUUUCCCUUACAACUUUCAAAAAUGUUUCAUAUUAAUAACCAAUACUCAAUGUAUUAAAAAUACCUUGACUUUAGGUCUCGGUUACAUUUCAAAACUGAGUAUAUAUCAAGUAGUAAUUUAAAAUAUUGGUAGUUGAGUGGUAAUUUAAAAUUAAGUUACAGUUUAAUGGUAAAGACAUCAAGGCUAGUGAUAUAUAAACUGCUGUAGAUAUAUAACAAGCUAAUUCUAGGCAAGCAUGCCACAAUGUUAUGAUGGCCUGAUUAACUUACUUUUUUAAUGUAUUCAGUUUGUAGAAACAUUUAAUUUUGUUACUUUGCUUUGAGUACAUUAUCUUAUUUGUGUUUGGCAAGUAAUAACUACUUCUGGCUCUUGUGCUAUUAAAUUCUGUAUUCAAAUUAGUCAUGAGUAAACUAGAUACUAAUUUUAUGUAAGUUAGAAAAUUAAACUGCUGUAUGAACUUGAGCCAACUGUGCAGGUUUAAAUUCAACCCUCCACUCAUUCAUAAUCAAACUGACUGAUCCCUACACCACCAUGCAUAUUAUUUAUUUUUUUAAUAGGUUUACCAAAUAUUUUUAAAUACCCAGUAAAAGUCUAUAAGAAUCUCAACUUUAUAAUACUGCUCAUCAACCGUAUUUAAAAAAAAAAAAAAAAAAUUAAAAUGUAGAUAAAAAUAAAGAAUUGUCUGAUUUUAUUUUAAAUUAAAAUAAAUCAGUUAAUCAAUUCAAAAAAAUUAUCAAAAAAAUUCAUAUGUUGUGCAAUAUGCUGAUGUUUUAAAUUCUUUAAAAAAAAAUUUAAUCUGCACUAUUCAAAAAGGCUCCUCAAUAGAGUCAUCAAAAUAUGUAGCCUUAUCCUGGAGUGCAGAAUACUGCAAAGCGAAUAGUCCAGUAGCUGAUAAAAUCACAAAAUUUCCAGUUUGAAUCUGCUCUCAAUUUUUUGAACCCUGGAAAAACGUACCUUGACCAGCCAGCUACUCCAGUUUGUAACGGAAUCAUGAUUAGUAAUUUUUAAGCUAAGUAACUAAAAAUGUACAGAUAAAGAAUUGUGAAAAAAUUUAUUUGAUUCUCAAAAUUAACAAACUAAUAAUCAAAACUUUUAAGUUGUAAUGUUCUGAUGCUACUGUAUCUUUUAGUAUUUAUGCCUCUAUUGAAAAAAAUUCUAUUACUUUAGUUCUUAUAAUUUAAUAUUUUAAAAAAAAUUUCAAAAUACAAAUGAAAUAAAACGUAAACAAAAAGAAUUUCCAUACAAUAGAAUUUCAAAAAUAUUUUAUGCCUUCAAUAUUUCUCAGACUAGUUUUUUUCCCAAGCAUGUAAAAUUGUACUUUAAUUGUAUAAAAGUAACAAAGGUUUGAUUUAAUUCCUAUAAUUCUGAAAACUAAAAAUAAAUAACACUCUAUUA